UCCAUCUUCCUCGCCUUCCCAGCCACCAUGGCCACCACGCGCCGCCGGCCGCGGCGUGGCUCUAACUCCGAUCUCUCCCGCACCCUCACCGACUGCACCCGCCGCGGGGAUGCCGCCGCCGCCAUGUCCGCCUUCGACGCCGCUGUCUCCGACCUCGACGCGCCCCGCCCCGCCGCGCACCAUUACAACCAACUGCUCCACCUCCUCGCUGCCGCCACCGUUCCUCCUAGCUCAGCCGAUGCCGCCCGCCGCGUCUUUUGCCACAUGCUUCAGGUCGGCGCCACCCCCUCCGAGGCCACCAUCACCUCGCUCGCUCGCGUCACCGCCUUCGAUGCCGCUGACGAGGCGUUUCACCUCGUCACCACAUACGGCCUCGCCCCGCGCCUCCGCUCCUACAGCCCGCUGCUUGCUGCCUUCCGCCGAGCAGGGGACGCCGCAAAGGCCUACGCCGUCGAGGCCCAUAUGGCUGCCUCCGGUGUCUCCCCUGAGGAAUCCGAGCUUGCUGCGCUCCUAGAUGUCAGCUCCAGGGCCGGGGACGCGGACAAGGUGUACGAGUAUAUGCACAAGCUGAGGCAGGUCGUCGACUGCGUGACCGAGGACACUGCAGAGGUGGUGGAGGCUUGGUUCAGGACCGAUAACGCGGCAGUGCCCGGUAUGGCACACUGGGAUGCUGUUCAGGUGAAAAACACCAUUGUGGCCAGUGGUGGCGGGUGCCAUCGGCUUGGGUGGCUUGGCAGUGGUCCUUGGUCGGUAAAGAGGGUGAGCGUUGGAGCAGAUGGUCUGUGUCAGGGCUGCGGAUGCCAUCUAGCUCGUAUUGAUAUCGAUGCAGGGGAGACGCAGAGGUUUGCUGAUUCUGUUGCCAGUUUGGCUCUCGAGAGGGAGACCAAAUCAAAUUUCAGCCAGUUUCAGGACUGGCUGGAAGCGCAUAAGGAAUAUGAAGCUAUAGUCGACGGUGCAAAUAUUGCACUGUAUCAACAAAAUUUUGCUGAGGGCGGUUUCUGUUUGACUCAGCUGGAUGCCGUUAUAACAGAGCUGCGAGCAAGAUAUAGUGGAAAAUGGCCACUUGUUAUACUGCAUAAUAAACGAAUUUCCAAGCUUAUGGAAAAUUCAUCUAAUAGGCAUUUGAUUGAGAAUUGGAGAUCAAAUGGGGCACUGUACACUUCACCAAGUGGGUCAAAUGAUGACUGGUAUUGGCUAUAUUCAGCAAUUAAGCUCAACUGUUUACUCGUGACUAAUGAUGAAAUGAGAGACCACAUAUUCGAGCUUCUAGGAUCGUCUUUCUUUCCAAAGUGGAAGCAACGGCAUCAGGUCAAGUACACCUUCAAUAAAGGAAAAGCAUUGCUUAUGAUGCCUCCCCCUUAUUCUUCGGAUGACUUAAAAAUUGCAAUUUGGGCAUGGUCUAUUUUGUACCACCCAUUAGGGUAGAAACAUAUAUGGACAAAAAAUCAUUUAGAAGCAAGAAUACAACAUAUCUAUAGACAAAUAAGCAUUGUAAUGAUUUUUUUUGUUGCAAAUGAUAUAUUUUUACACUAUAAAACCUACAUAUGUAUGCCAAGUCGUCCUAUAUCGGUUCUAUAGACCAUGGACGACUCGGACGACUUAUGGACGACUUACUUUCGAUAAGUCGCCCAAGUCGUCCGAUAUAUCGCAUAAAUCGAUUUAUCGGUCCUCUAGCGACUCAAAUCGACUCAUCGACUUAAAAACGUGGCUUCGGAGAUCCAAGAGUCGGAGCUUGGAUCUUGGCAUGUGCCAUUGAAGGAGAAGUCUAAUGAUGAGAGAGCUAGGAUAUGGCUUUGUAUUGGUAGGUCAAGGACAGGCAAAGGAGCUGAUGUUGGAGCUCCUGUGGUUAAUGGUGAAGAUAAUGGAGUUGAGCAGUGGCUACCAUAGCUAAGGAAAAGAAAGGAUUGAGGCAAAAGCUCAAAAUAAGGCUGAAUCAGCUGCUGCUGGUGGUAAAAGAAAGGAUAGAGAUUAAUGAAGCUAUAUUUUAAGGAGCAGGAGUUGUCAUUGGUAAACUAUUGAGGUGUACCGUGUUUCUUUUCUUUGGUUGUCGCCUUGGUUGUGCAUUCGCGAGUCUUUUUUUUUACAGGAUAAUGACUAAUUAUGAAGCACACCUGCUAGGCUCGCCUGGGUUAGAUUUGAGGCGAAUUUUGCCAUGUAGAAUUUGGUGUGUAAAACUGGAGAGGUCUAAGAUUACUGUACUGCUGUUUUUUCAACGAACCUUCUCUC